AUGUGGUCCUUAUGGCUAUGCAGUAUCCUACUUCUUGGAUUAUAUCUCUUCAAGCGUCUAUCAUCUCCACUUGCCAAAAUCCCCGGCCCAUGGUAUACGAAUUUCACCAGCUUCUGCCUGAAGUACCACGAGUUCACCGCGACUAGACGUCUUUUCGUUCAUCACCUACAUAAGAAGUAUGGCCCUGUAGUCCGCCUUGCACCGAACGAAGUCUCGUUUGUUACCCUAGAUGCUAUUCGAGAGAUCUACGCAUCCGGGGGUAGUGGUUAUGAUAAGACGGAAUAUUAUGAUUUAUUCCGACAAUAUGGCAUUAAAUACGCCAUGUCGAAUAUCGUACGCGACAAGCAUGUGUCCGCCAUCAAGGAGCGAGCCCAGGCCUUUGUAUCGAGAUGUGCUGCCAUUGAAGGAAACGUGAACGUCUACUCCCUCUUGCACUGCUAUGCGCUAGAUGGAGUUACCAAUUUUAUGUUUAGCCCUGGUGGCUUGAAGUCUUUAGAUAACGACAAGGACUAUGAGAUGAUGGAGGAGUUGACAUAUCAUCAAAGCCUCCAAAAGAAUCUUCUCCACUACUACCUCCCCAGGCUAACUCCAUAUUUCCCAUCCUGCCUACACCCCCGUCCUGCUCCCAAAGCAAACGCCUAUGUUUUACAGAUGGCCGGGCAACAACACCCAGACGAGCACAGCUUAGUCGCGCGUCUCACCCGUAAAGGCUCGCCGCUGAACCACAUGCAAGUUGCCGCUGAAUGCAAAGACCAUAUGGCGGCUGGCAUUGACACUACCGGUGAUGCCCUUUGCUUUCUGAUGUGGGAACUAUCUCAGCCCCAGAACUUCCGAUUUCAGGAUCGCCUUCACAGGGAGCUGCUAUCCGCAUCCGAUGAUACCCCACUUGAUAAAAUGCCGUAUCUAGACGCUGUCAUAAAGGAAGCCUUGAGAUGCGCACCGCCAAUUCCGAUGUCCUUUCCACGGUACGUCCCAUCCGGUGGCAGGACCAUCGAUGGAUACUUCAUCCCAGAGAAUGCUAUUGUCAGCUGUCAGCCAUAUACGGUACACCGUUUCAACGAAGAAGUGUUCCCCGAGCCGGACCGUUUCAAUCCCGAGCGAUGGUUAGAAGAAAAGGGCUUCCACGACCGGAAUCGAUUGUUCUUCGCGUUUGGAACAGGCGGGAGAGGGUGCACUGGAAGGAAUCUUGCAAUGGUGGAAAUGAAAGUUUUGCUGCGAGAGCUGUAUUCUCGGUUUCGGUCGUCGGUCGCCCCGGAUAUGACUGCGUCGAUGGAUCUGGAUGAUCAGAUCAUCUCCGCUCGGCCCAAGGAUCAGAUCUGUAACCUUACCUUCGCUGCUCGAGGCGGGGAGGCCAACAUCGCAUAG